UCAUGUAUGUGAGAGAUGAGCUAGACCUGUUUGAGGGAGAGUUGGAGAGUUACAUCGCCUCCGUGAACCAGACGGGGACCCUGACCCCAGUCAUCCUGCAGGUGAAAGAGCUGAUGAACGUCGCCAAAGGAGUCUGGGUGGUGACCAUUUUGCCUGCCUCCUUCACGUGUGUGAGCCAGCUGUUCCACAUUUUGGCCUGUUACAGAAAGCACAUGAGGAGGUUGUGGGCAGAAGAUAAACACUUUCUGCCUUUGAAGUUCCACCAUCCUUCCUCGUCGGAGAGUGUGGUGGCCAUUGCAAGGUACCCUGGCUGGCAAAUAGCCUACAUUCUGUGGGGCUACUUCAUCAUCCACGUGGUGCAGAGCCUGUGUGGCCUGGCAGUCAUGUAUGGCCUAGUGUUGCCCAUCAUCCACAACCAGGGCCUGGAGAUGCUCCGAGGACUGGGCAUCGGGACGUAAGUGUUGGGGAUUUCUGUCAUUACUCAGGGCCUGGGGUCUGGUGGGCUGUCGCAGCCCCUCUCCAAAAUGCCCCUUCCCUCUGGGCUCUCACCAACCUGUGACACCAUGCUCUCAGCUCUGAUGCAGGGAUGAGCCAUCAUAGCAACUCACAGAAUGGGAGCCUUGGAGCCUACAGGAUGGUUCCACUCUCACUGUCCAGCAGGGUCCUCACAAUUGUGUGUGAGAAGAUAUAUGUAUGUCCAUUUUAUAGCUGGGAAGAUUGAGGUUCAGGGAGGUGAAGUGAGAGAGAGGACAGUAUAGUGGAAGGAAAGAAGGAAUCUGAGCUUCAGUUUUAGAUCAGCUCUGAAUUUGGGUAAGUUGCUUCUCUGAGCCUCAGGCUACCCAUAUGGAAGAGGAAGGUGAAUGGUGCCAUUAUUGAGAAUUUACUAUGCAUCUUUUCUCUUAAGAACCCUUUAAGGUUAGGGCUUACAUUAGCCCCCUUUUGUCAGAUGAGGAAACAGGCACAGAGAGGCUAAGCAGUUUGUCCAAGGAGGGGGAAGAGGCAGGAUUGGAGCUGGGCAAUCGACAUCAAAGCCUCACUUAAGCCCUACCCGACACUGGUGCUCAGAGGAUGCACACACGGGAUGUGGUACUGUCUGGGGACCUCCCUGCUCUGAGCUCCU